AGUCACUGCUUCUACGUUAACUCUCUCCCCGUGCUCGUCACCUUGACCGGCAUUCCCCCAUCUUUUGCCCGACCAGAUAGCGACCAAAAUGGACGCGGCAACGAUCGAAGAGACGAACCGAAUCCGGAUAUCGCUGGGCAUGAAGCCCUUGCCGGUACCCGGAGCCGAUCCAGCGCCCCAAACCGCGACGUCAGAGGAAGAGGAGCCCGGAAGCACCGUCGAGAGUCGCCAGGCGCAGGCGUAUGACAACUACAAAAAGCUCCAGGAGGAAGAGGCAGCCAAGAAACGACGCGAAGAAAAGGCUGCCGCCGUGCGAAAAGCCCGUGAAAAAGCCCAGCGGGCUGCUAUUCUCGCAGGGAAGGGGCUCGGCGAGGAGGAGCAAGCAGACCUGGAUGCGAAGUCCUGGCUGUUGGGCCAAAAGAAGAGACAGAAGAAGAUUGACAAGGCACGGAAGCUGGAGGAGGAGCUUGCUGCGGCAGAAGCUGCCGCGGCUGCUGCCAUACAGUAUACCUCCAAAGACCUCGCAGGCAUCAAAGUUGCACACGACUCGACCGCCUUUCUGGACGGAGACGAACAGAUCCUUACUUUGAAGGACACGACGAUUGACGAGAACGAAGAAGAGGGCGAUGAGCUUGAAAACCUGAACCUUAGAGAACAAGAGAAGCUCACGGAGAGGCUCGACCUCAAGAAGAAGCUGAAAGGCUACAACCCCAAUGACUACAACGACGGCGAAGGCACCAUACUGGCACAGUAUGACGAGGAGAUUAACGGCAAAAAGGCGAAAAAGUUUACUCUUGAUGACGAUGGAGCCAUCGCUGAGCUGUCAGAUAUCCUCGGCCAGCCAGAGCGGAAAGCAAAGAAGAUUCAGUCAAUCAGCCUUGAUGAUAUCAUAGAUGGCGAUGCUGCACCUUCAUCCGACUACCUUGCUCCAUCAGAGAUCAAGGUGAAGAAGCCCAAGAAGAAGAAGGGCAACAAGGGCACCAGACAAAAACAGCUUGACGAGGAUGACAUCUUCCCUAUCGAACCUGCUCCAGUGGAUGCCGGUGCCAUGGAUGUUGAUACGAAAGAUGCCUCCAUACCCACCAAACGGAAGGCUACUACAGAUGACUUUGCAGACGACGAUGAUCUCCAAGCAUCACUAGCAAUCCAACGAAAGAAUGCGCUGAAAAAGCGCAAGAAGACACGGCCUGAAGAUAUUGCGAAGCAGCUCAAAGAGGAGGAAGAGCAGCCUGAAGAAGCUCCAAGUGGAGGCCUAGUUAUCGGCGAGAUCUCCGAAUUCGUUGCGGGGCUGAGCAAGCCAGACGAGGACGAUCGCCAUGCAAGGAGGCAGAAACAGGCCACAAAAACUCCCGAACCCGAGGAUCGCCAUAUGGGCGAAGAGGAGAGGACUCGAAAACGCGAAGAGAAUGAAGCAGCAGGUAUCGCAGAUGAAAAGACCGUUGGAGAAGGCAUGGGCGCUGCUCUUGCUCUGCUUCGGGAGCGAGGCCUCAUCGAUUCCUCUUCCAAGAGCGGAAGCUACGAAGACUUCAAGGCGCGCGAAGAAUUCCUUGCUAAGAAGCGAAUACUGGAGACGGAAUUGGAAGAGCAAACCCGACAUCAGAGAGAGCGCGACAGGAUGAGCGGCAGACUGGACCGCAUGUCCGUCAGGGAGAGGGAGGAAUGGGCCCGUCAGCAGAACACUCACCGCGACCACCAGCAGUCGAAGCGGCUGGCCGAGCUGUUCAACGCGACGUACAAGCCCAACGUCGAGCUCAAGUACGUCGACGAUCACGGCCGGAGGCUGGACCAGAAGGAGGCCUUUAAGCAUCUGAGCCACCAGUUCCACGGAAAGGGCAGCGGCAAGGGCAAGACGGAGAAGCUGCUCAAGAAGAUUGAGGACGAGAAGCGGCGCGAGGCCCAGAGCAUGUUUGACGCGAGCCAGAAUGCGGGCAUGAAUCUGGCGACGGCGCAGCAGCUCAAGAAGCGCAGGGAGGCCGGAGUGCGGCUCGGCUAA